AAUUAGAUGGAAAGUUUGGCUCAAAACAAUCAAAAAUAGAAGUUAACUCUGGUGUUGAAAUUGAUUUGAAUUUAUUAAAAGAUGUUGAGGUAAGCAAUUUUCAAACAUUUAUGAAUAAUGAUAUGGAAGAAAUUGAGCUGCAUGAAGCUAAGUGA